CCUCAAUCGGUCUUGGCACCUGGGCACAUUCUCUCCAUUUUUUCCAAAUCUAUCCUCACAAAUAUUCGCAUCAAUCCCUCGACCCCUUAGGCUGAGGCUACUAUUGCCGAGUGAACAGCGAUGCAGCUUCCUACCAUUGCAAUCGGCCUUGUGCUCUACCUCUUCGUGAGGACAUCCAGAACGUUGGCUUACGGUACGACCGGAUACAUCACAGAUGCAUGCGACGCGCUGUCGUCCCAGCUCCCGGACGACGUGGUUUACCCAAAUUCCACAGCAUACAUUGCGGCAAAUACCUAUUGGUCAAACAGACAGGGUGAAGUCAGCCCCUCAUGUUUUGUCACGCCAAGGUCUACCGCCAACGUGAGCGCCAUAAUCAAGUCCCUGACGGCACUCCAGGUGCCAUUUUCCGUCAAGGCUGGAGGGCAUACUGCUUUUGCCGGAGGCUCCAACGUCGACCAGGGCGUGACUAUCGACCUGCUGUACAUGAAUGAUAUCGUCGUGGCCAGCGACUUGCAGACAGUCUCGGUUGGAUCCGGAAGCCGUUGGAUCCAGGUGACAGAGGUCCUCGACCCGCUAGGGCUGGCGGUGGUGGGCGGUCGAGUUGCCGACGUCGGCGUGGCUGGCCUCCUCCUCGGCGGCGGUAUCUCAUAUUUCUCCGGAUUCCGCGGCUGGGCAUGCGAUAACGUGCAGAACUAUGAGGUCGUCUUAUCCUCUGGCGAGGUCGUCAACGCAUCUCCCAUCGAGAAUCAAGACCUGUUCUGGGCCCUGCGCGGCGGCGGCGGGUCUAACUUCGGCAUCGUGACCCGCUUCGACCUCGCUGCGUUCCCACAAGGCAAGCUGUGGGCGAAUAAUGUUCUAUACCCUGGUGCCCUAAACACGACCCUGAUACCACUUUUCACCAAUCUAACGAUAAAUGGCCUACCGGAAGAUCCUCAGGCGCACACAUACUUCAUAAUGACUUACUACCCGGAGUUGGGGGGGUAUGUCGCGGCUGCCAGCUUAUAUCAUGCGACGCCUCCCCCGGCCAACACAACGCCGCCGGUGUUCGCACCACUCAAGUCUGUCCCCGGGAUCUUGUCAGACACCGUCACUGUGGAAAACCUCUCCACGGCGCUUCGUGCGAUAGACCAGCCGUACGGAGACAGACAGACGUGGUGGGACACCUCCGUACUAGCCAUGGAGUCAGAGCUCUUGACAGACAUUGUGCCUCUCUGGGAAAAAGUAAUCUCCAAGUUUCUAUCAGCCGCAGCCGAGAACGCAGGAGCAAACGGCACAGCAUCCAUGGUUACGCCGUAUCUUGUCUUUCAGCCCAUACCCGUCAAUAUCCUCACAGCGAUGCAGAAAAAUGGCGGCAACGUGCUGGGACUCAAGCCGAGCGAUGGUCCGGUGAUGCUGGUUCAGCUCACUGUCGUCUGGGACGAUGCGAGUUUGGAUACACUGAUAGAGGGCGAGCUUAGUCAGUUGAUAGAGAAUGUUGAGGCCAUGGCGGAAGAGAGAGGCGAGUUGAAGGGGUUUGUAUACAUGAACUAUGCUGGAAGCACACAGCAGGUGCUGAAGAGGUACGGCCCGGAAAACUUUGAGAGGCUCAAGGAUGUGGCAAGUCAAUACGACCCAGAGGGGCUGCUACAGGAAUACUGGAAAGGAUAUUUCCAAUUAGCUGACGUCGAGUAG